AUAAACAGUAGCAGCAAAACAGCAGAAAGGGGGAGGAUCAACUUGGAUUAAGCGAUUCAAUCGUUCAUAGAUUUCUCUGAAAAUCCCAGCUUUUUCUUUUCAUAUCUUGGAUUCGACGAUGCCGAUUCAGCAAGCAAACUGGUCUCCGUACGACAACAAUGGAGGGACUUGUGUGGCGAUUGCAGGUGUAGAUUACUGUGUGAUUGCGGCCGAUACUCGAAUGUCUACUGGCUACAAUAUUCUUACUCGCGAUUAUUCCAAAAUCAUUCAGCUAGCGGACAAAUCUGUGAUGGCUUCCUCAGGUUUUCAGGCUGAUGUGAGGGCUUUACAAAAGGUUCUGGAAGCUAGGCACUUGGUAUAUCAACAUCAGCAUAACAAACAGAUGAGCUGCCCUGCUAUGGCCCAGCUGCUCUCAAAUACCCUCUAUUACAAGCGUUUCUUCCCUUAUUAUUCUUUCAACGUUCUUGGUGGUCUUGACAGUGAAGGUAAGGGUUGCGUCUUUACAUAUGAUGCUGUUGGAUCUUAUGAAAGGGUUGGAUAUAGUUCCCAAGGUUCUGGUUCCACACUCAUUAUGCCCUUUUUGGACAAUCAACUGAAAUCUCCAAGUCCACUGCUAUUACCUGCUAAGGAUGCUGUUACGCCACUUUCAGAAUCAGAAGCUGUAGACUUGGUGAAAACAUGUUUUGCUUCAGCAACAGAAAGGGAUAUCUACACUGGCGACAAGCUGGAAAUCCUUGUGUUAAAUGCUGAAGGCAUUCGUCGUGAAUACAUGGAGCUGAGAAAAGAUUGACUUUCUACACCAUGUUGCAGUUUCUGUUUUCAAUAUCCUCCAAUUUGGACGCUCAGGGUAUAUUAAGCUGGUAAUUGAUUCGACAGAAUCUGGUUUUUGCAUGGAUUGUAAUCGCAUAUGGGCUUUCUGACCAUAAAAUUUGAAUAUUUUCUUUAUGAGGGAAUGCUGCGAUCAUGACUUCCAAUCAACACCUUCUCAUAACCUUUCUGUUGAAAUGGUCCCCUGUUUUCCUUCUAAUCUUCUUUUGUUGUACUUGAAAUUAUUUACUGCAAAGCUACUGCAUUUGGGUGCUAAUGAUAUAUUUUCAACCAAGAAAACCAUUAUGUAGCA